AUGAAAGAAAAGCAAGAUGCAAUUUUCUAUAUUGCUGGAACUUCCCGUGAAGAAGUUGAAUCGUCUCCGUUUGUUGAACGGCUGCUUGUCAAGGGAUAUGAAGUUCUUUACCUUAUCGACCCGGUUGAUGAGUACACUAUUCAAUCGAUGCCGGAAUUUGACUCUAAGAAAUUCCAAAAUGUUGCCAAAGAGGGGCUUAAAAUAGACGACAGUGAGAAGAGCAAGGAAGCUCUAGAACAACUUGAAAAGACCUUCGAGCCUUUGACGAAAUGGCUGAAGGACAAGGCUCUAAAAGAUCAAAUUGAGAAAGCUGUAGUGUCUCAAAGGCUCACCAAGUCGCCGUCGGCACUUGUUGCUUCUUCUUAUGGAUGGUCAGGAAACAUGGAAAGGAUCAUGAAGUCACAAGCGUACUCGAAGUCCCAAGACCCAACUCAGGAAUUCUAUGCGAAUCAAAAGAAGACCUUUGAAAUCAAUCCCCGGCACCCUGUUAUUAAAGAACUUCUGAGAAGGGUGACAGAUGACCAGGAAGAUCCAAAAGCCCUCACUACGGCAAAACUUCUUUUUGAGACUGCUACCCUUCGUUCAGGUUUUGCAUUAAAGGACCAGUUAGGUUUUGCUGAACGAAUUGAGCAGGUAAUAAGGCAAACAAUGGAAGUGCCAUUAGAUGAACAGGUUGAGGAAGAGCCUGAGAUAGGAGAAUCUGAAGAAGAACCGGCCGAAGAAGUAAAAGAGGAGGUGAAAACAAAAGUAGAAGAAGAACACACGGAGCUUUAA